AUGGCCGAUGGUUCUAUGGGAAACGUACUGUGUAAGCAACCGAACCCGAGCUCACCGCCAGCGGCCACCCCGACCGGAAACGGUAGCUUCACCAGCAACCUGAGCAGCAUCAUAUGCCCGAACGGUAUCGGGAUUGGCAAGGGCAAAGCGCAACCGAUGCGCAAAACGUACUUCACACGCAGCGCGGUUGAUGCGUCCAAGAAAACCUCGGCCGGCCACACAACGUCCACCGGGUGGCAGAGCGUCGGACUGCACGUUCCCGAUGGGCCCACGAGGCCGGUCACCGAACAGCCUCCGGUGGCACCGCCCCGCAAGAAACGGGGCUCCACGCUCGACGGGCGCUACCGGUCCGAUGAGUCGCUGAAGGUGAAGAACGGAUUCCAGGAUGUGUUUGGGCGCGAAAGUCGUCGGCAUUCGUGCGACGUUACACCCGGCGGCCGACCGUCCAGUGUGCCACCGCCACGGCCCGAAGCUCCGGCCCUUCCCGCCCGCCAAACGUCCUGCUUCGAGAUCGACGCCAGCAACGAUGCGUUCAGUGACUUCUCGAAGGUUCCGACCACGGCCGAGCUAGAGAAGCCGACCACAUCGCAGAUACCGCGCGUUGGCAACCGGAAAUCGGACCGGUUCUUCGGCGAGCAGCUGGCCGACUCGCUGUCGCCAGAGAGUGACGCACUGGCCACCGCAGCCAGCGGGUCGAACGCGGGGCCGAAGAAAAAAUCGAUCCCCAAGGACGACGUGGAUAAGAUUGAGGCGUUUGUCGAAAGGGAAACGAGCGUGCCGAGGGUGGUGGUGGUUGAGGCGAACCACACAAGCGAGAAGCAAACGGUGGCCAACAACAUCUCCAAAGGUCAGCCCCCGAAAGACGCUGCGAAAAAGGAAUCUGACAUGGUCUCGAAAGCCACCGGUAAACCCAAGCCACGGGAUGAAGUGAUGAAUCGGCAGAUCGGUAGCAGGGCCGAGUUUAUGAUGGCCAUGCUGACGGACUACAGUGACAGUGUCCGGUACGAGGGAAUGAAACCGAUCGAGGAACCACUGAUCGUACCGAAGCGACGCAAAUCGCGCCACAUCUGCGACGAUCACGAUCACCUCCACAAGAAGCUGCACGAGCACGAGCGGGAGGAACCGAAAGCGAACGUGAUCCUGACGGAAGCCUCGAUUGAGGUGGCCCCGCGAAAACCGAGCCGCGAUUUUACCAAAUACAAACCGCUGGACGAUAAGGACGAGGCGAUGGCCAACCGGUCACCCGGCGAUUCGGAUGGCAGUGAGUCGAUCGUGAGACCCGUCAGGACGAAGCAAAAGUCCAAGCAACGGGAGAGUCUUCCGACACCGCCGGCUCCACCCAAGUUCCAAAAGAGUCACUCCGAGUCCAAGUUCGACCGGCAGCUGUCCAAGGACUCGGCGGACACUCCGGCACCCGGACCGGUCGAUGACGGUCCAAAGGCACACUCGCCGCGCACUCUGAAGCGCAUCAUAUCGAUGCCAGUCACGGAGAACCUGAACAAGGAAACGCUACCCCGUCCGGACACUCCACAGCGGCCAACGCUCUCCAAGAGCUCCAGCUCCGGGUCGUUCUCAACCGUCGACCUGCAGCGUUCACGGAUCUGUGUGGAGCGCUUCACGCCGGAAGAUUACGCACACCACACCGUUAUGGACGAGCUGGUGACACCGAAGUCGAAGCUAAUGACACGCAAAAUAUCGUGGAAAUCGCUGGAAACACCCGUCCCCAAUCGGACACCGACGCCAACGUUCGAACCGCCAGCCGCCAACAAUGCCGCCAGCUUUACGAUCGGUGGCACAGAGGUCGUAACCUCGGCGAGUGUCGUUCAGCCACCGGAAGUGCCGACCCGCAGACGUUCGGACGCUUCGACCGUCGGGGAGUCGUCGUCAGCCAUCGACCAUUCGAAGAACAGUGUUGAGCCGGAGGAUUCGACACUCCGCAAGUUUUGCCUCGGGUCGUUCAUAGAAUCGAGCAACGUUUUGCAGCAUCAUGAUGUUGUGAACGUUUUGGACCGAGUGUACAGUGCGUCGGACAAUAAGGAAAACAUCAUCGAACAGUUUCAAGCGUUCCUCGAGGAGCAUCUGAACGCGGAACUGAACGAUCCGCAUCCCGUCAAUCCAAACGUGGCGAAGCUGAGGGAGAAACUGUCCAACACGAGCUCCAGCAGCGUCGGCAGUGGUGCCUCGGACAAGCUGGAAAACGUGCAGAUCGAACUGGUCGGGUCAAGUGCCUCCUCGUCCAACAAGUCGUCCGAAGUGGACGACUGCUUCGAUCCGGAGUUUGAGAAGAUCGAAAAGUCAGAGCUGACCGAUACGCCGCCGAAGGUUGAUGCCAUCCCGCCGCAUGUCUACAACAAUCGGCGUCGCGAUAGUAUCGAGUACAUGAACGAAUGGUUUGGGACCGAAUCCGUUGGCGGAUCACCUGUGGUGCUGGAAGCGACCGAAGAGGAGGUUGAGCCGCCCACCGAGAAGCUUACCCCCGACGGAGGCACUCGGAAACGGAUAGAAAGCAUCGAGGACGUUGGCAGCUGGUUCUCGAGACACAACGUCCUGCGGCCAUCGUUCGGGCAGGAGUUUGAAGAACCGGACCGUCGAUUGCGCCGCGGAUCCGAUGGGUUUCUCGGGUACGAUCUGCAGCGUCAGUAUCCUUUCGGUAAGGGGCGCGAACGAUCCGACUCGCUAUCGGCGGAGAUGUUCGAGGACAUCACGAAACUGCACGAACGACUUGCGGCCACAAACGACGGUACGCACUCGCUAGAACGGAAACCGUUGCGCGUGAUUCCGCCGCACGUGAAAGUACUGAAUACGCCACAUCGGGGCAACAGCCACAACAACUCGGCACACGGCAGUGCCGAGAAGCUUACCAAUAACAACGAAAUCAAAUCGCUGCCAGCGGUGAGCGGUAAACCGGGCGAAGUGGUUACAACGACACACGAGGAACUGAAGCCCCUCCUAGAAUCCGACGCUUCGAAGGCUACCGCGGAUAAUGCAACGAACGAACGUACCAAUGUUAGCCAGUCAGCAAUCGACGUCCCGGCCGUGGAAGAAGCAACCGGGCAGCAGCAUCCAUACGAACAUUCCACACUGUUAAAGUUCCUUUCGAAGGAACGGCUGGUCGAAUGACGGACAUCAGAGCGAGGGCUUAGCCCUCGAGCCAGCUUUACUUUCCUGCAGCAUAGUCAGUAUUACGUAAUAAUGAACGCACCACAAAGUGUCCCCAUUUAUGU